AUGCAGGGCGGCAUCGGCAUCCCGCGCGACGAGAACGGAGUCGAGUGCCCGCUACUCGGCCCGAUCAUUGCCGAGGACACAGGGCGCAAGUGCCUGGUGCUCGACCUGGACGAGACGCUGGUGCACAGCAGCUUCAAGAUGAUCCAGAAUGCCGACUUCAUCGUGCCCGUCGAGAUCGAAGGCACGGUGCACAGCGUGUACGUGAUCAAGCGGCCAGGCGUCGACGAGUUCAUGCGGCGCAUGGGCGAGCUGUACGAGGUUGUCGUGUUUACGGCGUCGCUGAGCAAGUACGCCGACCCGGUGCUCGACAUUCUCGACAUCCACCACGUCGUGCGGCACCGCCUCUUCCGCGAGUCGUGCUACAACCACCGCGGCAACUACGUCAAGGACCUCUCGCAGCUCGGGCGCGAGAUUGCUGACUCGAUCAUCAUCGACAACUCGCCCGCCUCGUACAUCUUCCACCCCAAGAACGCCGUGCCCAUCUCGUCGUGGUUCAACGACCCGCACGACACGGAGCUGACGGACCUCUGUCCCUUCCUCGCGGACCUUUGCGAGGUGGACGACGUGCGUGCCGUGCUCGACGGAGCGCUGUAG